AACAGCCAUGACUGUCUACACAGCGUAUUGCUUAGUCAGUCCUGAAGCCUAAUGAUUUUACUACCGGUGAUGAUCGUCCUCAUUACGUUUAGCGUGGGACCAAACCGAUUCGUGAUCAUGUAGCCUAAAGAUCCAGCUGUCAUCUGAACUUUAUGUAUCAGUGUAGCCAAGCGUAAGUAGCCUAACCUCUAAAACGAUUGAUGUUUACCGUUGUUUCGUUUCAAUAAAUAGGCAAAUGAUAUCGGGAGUCACAUUAAUCGGUAGAGUUGCAUCUGGAUACAUAUACAUUGUUCCCUCAUUGCAUUUGGUCUUUGGUCAGCGGUUUCCCACGGAACUAAUGGACCCCGAACUGGUUUAUGUGUGCCUCGGCUGUCACCUGUGCUCGAAAACACACCUGCCAUAAAUAUCAAAAGCACAAACGUUUCAAGUCCCUAUUGCCCCCUUCCAGUGUAUCGGGCAGGUGCGACAAAUCCCGCGAUCCUAACGGGUGGGAAUUAUGGCACCAUCGCAAUCAGUCCAAAAGGGUGGACUCGAGCAUCUUUAUAAAUACGGUGAUCUGCCUCAAGUUUUCCACAGACAGCAAGGUUACCUGUUGGAACCUUGAACCGCAGAGGAAACUAUUUUUCAGUAGAGUUCGAAACAAACCUUAAGUGAUUCCAGCAAAAUCCGUUACGUAGCAUAGGCCUCUAUCAAUAUCUUGAUCGCCUACUUAACUGCCAGUAGUCAUCAUGAGCGUUAAAAUCAGCACCGUUUUGUUUUUGCUGUGUGCCUCGGCGCACGCUUUCCCUCGUAACGCAAUCGAAAGCGUGAAAAAUGCAGCAGCCGAGUUUGACGCAUCUGGUGCUGGAUCAGACGAACCUGUUCGGGGAUCGGUUAGAGUCGUCAAAGUCAGUCCGCAUUUCCUGAGGCACACGGGGAUGUUCAGGAACGGUUUGUCACCCAGAGGCGCGCCAUCUCUCCAGGGCGCUUUUCCAGAUUUCUUGUCGCUCGGUCGCGCGGGCCCUUCCACCAAACUGUCGGUUCCUCCAGUGGUUCACCUCCGCGACAGCCAUCACGGCGCCGACACGAAGAGGAGGCAGGGUAUGAGCAUGUGGCAGCGUGUGAUGGACAAGUCCGAGCGCGAGAAGGAGGCGGUGGUUCUGCCCAUAAAUCCGAAAGAUGUGUCCAAGCAAAGCUGCGCAGCGGUCCCCUUUACUCAGCGAGUCACCGCGGCGGGGUGCGACACAGUGACUGUGCAUAAUCACCUGUGUUACGGUCAGUGCAGCUCAAUGUUCGUGCCUCCCACUGAAGACGCCUCUCUUCCCGUCAACGGUCACCGCGGCGCCCCGUGCUCGCGGUGCGCGCCAUCCAAAGCGCACACAGUGACUGUUCCUCUGCGCUGCGGGCACGAGGUGCGAAUGAAGCGCGUGAUGGUGGUGGAGGAGUGCAAAUGCGAGACAGGUCGUGAGGAGCUGAGGGCCGAGUCCUUUGCAAGGACACAUUUAUAAUUGUUGCAGUCUGAAUGUUUAAUUCAGAAACUGAUUGCAGACCUACCGGUAUUCAUAUGUUUCCUGUAAAUGUUAUGUCAUGCUGCUUUUGUCUGUUGUUCGUGUGGUCUAACAAGAAAGAUUAUCCUUUUCCAUGUUUGUAGUCAUUAUCCAUAUGUUUCAUAUGUUUGUCAAGACUAGGUCGAGCUUGUCGGCCAGAGCACUUUCUUUUCUAUUACUGACGUUGCCAAAAUAUUUAUUUUGGCUUAGUUUUUGUUAUAUUUGGUCAAGCAAAUGUUCCUAUUUGAUGUUGGCUACAUUUU